CAUGCCUUUAGCACGUGUGUCGACCAUUUAUAAAUUGUCUCUCUAGUAUUCAAGCGCUUAGAUUUUGGUGUAAGUUUAGUCGUUAAUAAUAAAUAUUAAAUUAUAAACUACAAUGUCAGAUUCAUCAUCGGAAGAUGAGAAUGAAUUUGGUGAUGAACAACAGCAAAGUGAAGUGUCUCAAAAUGAAGCAUAUAGCGAUGAUGAAGACAUUAAUGCUGAAAAGGUGCAAAGCGAUGAAAAGAAAGUUAGUUGGGAAGAUUUGGGAUUGAAUGAAACUUUGUGCAAGGCAUGUGAAGAACUAAAAUGGAAAGCACCAUCCAAAAUUCAAAAAGAAGCAAUACCAGUCGCAUUACUGGGUAAAGAUGUUAUUGGAUUGGCUGAAACUGGGUCUGGCAAAACUGGUGCUUUUGCUUUACCUAUUCUACAGGCUCUACUCGACCAUCCACAACGUUAUUUUGCACUUAUUCUUACACCAACGCGUGAAUUGGCUUUUCAGAUAUCUGAACAAUUUGAAGCUUUAGGUAGUUCCAUUGGUGUAAAAUGCUGUGUUGUUGUAGGUGGUAUGGAUAUGGUUUCUCAGGCGUUACAAUUAGCUAAGAAACCACAUAUAAUUAUCGCCACACCUGGGCGUUUACUUGAUCAUCUUGAAAACAUGAAAGGUUUUAAUCUUAAAGCUAUCAAAUAUUUGGUCAUGGAUGAAGCUGAUAGAAUCCUCAAUAUGGACUUUGAGGUUGAAUUAGAUAAAAUUUUAAAGGUGUUACCACGUGAACGUCGCACAUUUCUAUUUAGUGCUACUAUGACGAAAAAAGUUAAGAAAUUGCAACGUGCCUCUCUAAAGGAUCCAGUUAAAGUAGAAGUAUCGAAUAAAUUCCAAACCGUAGAGCAACUGCAACAAUAUUAUAUCUUUAUACCAAUAAAGUUUAAGGAUGUAUAUUUGGUGCAUAUACUAAAUGAAUUGUCGGGUAACAGUUUCAUGAUAUUCUGUAGCACUUGUAACAAUACAGUUCGAACAGCAUUGAUGCUUCGCGCACUUGGCUUGGCUGCAAUACCAUUGCAUGGUCAAAUGUCACAAAAUAAACGGUUAGCUGCGCUCAACAAAUUCAAAGCAAAAAAUCGUUCUAUAUUGAUAUCAACAGAUGUAGCAUCACGUGGUCUGGACAUACCACAUGUAGAUAUUGUAUUAAACUUCGACAUACCAACACAUAGUAAAGAUUAUAUACAUCGUGUGGGUCGAACUGCACGUGCUGGACGUUCAGGCAAAGCAAUUACUUUCGUUACACAAUACGAUGUUGAACUAUAUCAACGUAUUGAACACUUACUUGGUAUGCAAUUACCUCUGUAUUCUACCGAAGAAGAUGAAGUUAUGGCACUGCAGGAACGAGUAACAGAAGCUCAACGUACUGCAAAGUUGGAAUUAAAGAACAUAGAAGACAACAAAAGGACAAAAGGUAGAUCUAAAAAAGAUGGCGACGAUGACUAUGAUGAUACAGAAAAUUUUAGCGGUGCGCGGAAACGUAUGAAAUCAAAAUUCGCUUCGGGCGGUAAUAACAAAAAUUGGAAAAGAGCAAAGAAGAAAUAACAACUAUUAAUAAAUA